AUGCUCUGCCCUAAUGUGACGCCGGAAGCACCCAUAGAAGAACAGCCCACAAUUGGUCUCAUCGGCAUGGGUGCCAUGGGAAAGAUGUACGCCAAAUGUUUAUCCGAGGGAGGAUGGCAAAAAAUUCAUGUAUGUGACCUGCCAUCCAACUAUGAGGUUCUCAAGGCGACAUAUGAAGGUGAACAAGGAAUCACCGUCCUUCGAGACGGCCACUACGUGUCUAGGACGUCUGAUUUUAUCGUUUACUCUGUGGAGGCAGAGUUCAUUGAUCAAGUAGUUGCGCAAUAUGGUCCUUCGACGAAGUUGGGUGCAAUCGUUUCAGGCCAGACGUCUGUAAAGGCACCGGAACGGGCGGCCUUCGAGAAGCACCUACCUGACGAUGUCCACAUCGUCUCCUGCCACUCGUUACAUGGUCCGACAGUUCAACCUCGGGAUCAGCCGCUGGUAGUCCUCAUCAAGCAUCGCGCAUCUGACGAGGCUCUUGCUCUGGUCGAGAGCAUCCUGAGCCCUCUCAAGUCACGAUAUGUUUAUAUGUCCUACGAGGAGCACGACCUCGUCACGGCUAACACACAAGCUGUCACUCACGCUGCAUUUCUCAGCAUGGGUACCGCUUGGGCAUGCGCUGAAUCUUACCCUUGGGAGCACGGAUACUACGUUGGCGGGAUCGAGACCGUAAAGGUCAACAUCAUGCUUCGCAUUUUUUCAAACCAGUGGCACGUUUACGCUGGUCUGGCGAUUCUGAACCCGUCUGCCCGCGUGCAGAUCAAGCAAUUUGCCCAGAGCACGACAGAUAUCUUCAAGCUCAUGCUUGCUGCUGAUGAAGAGGGACUCCGUGCACGGAUGUACGAGGCUCGUCGGCGUGUUUUCGGAGAUGAAAAGGACACCACGCGAGCGCCUAUUCUGCUGUCCGAGGAUAUCCUUGACGCGUUCAGUCUCGGAAAGAAGCCGCCGACAGACGGAAGCCCUGGAGUCGUGCACGCGCCUGGGAACGGGUUGAACGGGAGCGCUCCGGCCAAUUCGCACCUCUCGCUGUUGGCGAUGGUAGAUUGCUGGGCCCGCCUCGAUAUCAACCCAUUUGUCCAUCUCGACCUGGCCGCCACGCCCGUCUUCCGUAUGUGGAUGGGUGUCGCAGAGUAUCUCUUCCGAUCCCAGAAGCGCCUGGACGCCGCCAUCAACGCUGCAUUAUACAACAUGUCACACCGCUAUGAUGAUGUCGAGUUUGUCGUCGCGUCACGUGGAUGGAGCCAGUGUGUUUCAUUUGGGAAUUUCGAGCUUUACAAGCAGCGUUUCGAAGAGACCGCAGCAUUCUUCCGACCGCGAUUCGACGAGGCAGCAAAGGCAGGGUCAGAAAUGCUGAAGGUGAUCAUGGACAAGUCACUGAAUGUACAGACCAAUCGGUAG